UCUCAAAAUAACUCCGCGUGUCAGAGAGCGCAUGCGCCCUUUGAGGUUUGUUUUGGUGACGUCACAUGCGGGGCGGUGCUCCGAACAGGUGUAUUUCACAGGUGUAAAGAAAAGUAAAUGCCAGUAAAGAAGAACGAGUCCGUUUAGCUCCGUUGCUUAAUGUAGAGCCCGGUGCACAAUGGCCCCGAAGUGUAUUGGGGGCUGCGCCGCGUUAUUUUUCCUCGGGAUUGCAUUUGAUAUCAUCGGGUUUGCUUUGCUUUUGAUCGGCAUUUUUGCCAAUCUGCGAUUGGACGGCAGAUUUUACGGAGACUUCCUAAUCUAUACUGGCUCUAUAAUAGUUUUUCUCAGUCUUUUCUGGUGGAUCAUGUGGUACACAGGAAAUAUUAAAGUUUCUUCUGAGGAUCUGGAGAAAAAGAGUUUUGACAACUUUGCGCACUGGGCACGGAAGCUCUCGGAGCGACUGUCCAAGAGCGGCAUGAACAGAGAGAAGUGCUUCGAUAACGGUAAGAAGUCGAUAAACGGCGAUGUAACACAUCACGCUCCGACGCGGAUAACGUGGGAAAACCCCGGACCGGCUGGAUGCGUGAAUGAAGCAUACGACCGAGGCUCCGACGCGCCACCGAAUGAAAAGACCGUGGAGCUGGAGAUCCUAAAGAACUCCGAGAUGUUCCUCCAGAGCAGCGGGAAAGCUGAAAGAUUUCUCUGAUCAGCUAUGGUGCAUUUUACUUGUGUGUGUCAGAGUCUGACUAAUCUGAAGAAAAGCUGCAGUAAGACUGGAAUGUUUUACCAAGCCUUCAUAUUUGGACUGGCUGAGAAAUGAAGUCAUUAAUCAGGGAUUUUACAUGAGCACUUUAAUUAUGAUUAAUGAAUUUGUACUUUUAACUUAUGCAUACCUAAAGUUUAUUUUCAGAUUUUAUGUCUAUAUGUGUUUCAUUUUUAUCUAAUAAAGAGUUUACAGAAAACGACUAAUUUAGCUUUUGUUACUUUACACAUUCUGGAAGCUUCACUGUAUUUAGAAAAUCCUUU